CUUCUCCUUUGGCACGCGGGCGUCCCGUCUUCCUAUUGGCGGCGCGGGUUUGGCUGGCGCGAGCCGCGGGAAAAAAAAAGGUCCCGUCGCUUGGCCGGGGUCGCUUAUUCUUCGGACCUUCCGUCAUGUUCUGCGAGAAAGCGGCCGAGCUUGUCCGGGAGCUACAUCGAGCCAGGGACGGGCAGCUGCCUGCCUUCAAUGAGGAUGGAGUAAGACAGGUGCUUGAGGAAAUGAAAUCACUGUAUGAACAGAACCAGGCUGAUGUAAAUGAAGCUAAAUCAGGACACAGUGAACUGAUUCCAACGAUCAAAUUUCGCCACUGCUCUCUUCUGAGAAAUAGACGAUGCACUAUUGCAUACCUAUAUGAUCGCCUGCUUCGCAUCCGAGCACUUAGAUGGGAAUAUGGUAGUGUCCUGCCUAAUACUGUUCGCUUUCACAUGUCAGCUGAUGAAAUGGUAUGGUUCAACCAAUAUAAAAAAUCUUUGGCUACCUAUAUGAGAUCUCUAGGAGGAGGAGAUGGCCUGGACCUUACGCAAGACAUUAAACCUCCUAAAAGUUUGUACAUUGAGGUGCGGUGCUUAAAAGACUAUGGAGAAUUUGAAAUUGAUGAUGGCACAACAAUUCUGUUGAAGAAGAAUAGCCAGCAUUUUUUACCACGCUGGAAGUGUGAACAGUUAAUCAGGCAAGGAAUUUUGGAGCAUAUCCUAUCAUAAACCAGACGUUAACAAGAUGGAUGACAUCCUCAUGUACUAAAUAUUUUAGCAGAUUUUAAAAUGGCUGUUGGCAGGAAAACAUGUGACACCACCACCUUCUCUUCUUUAAAAAAAAACAUAUGAGAGACUUAAAGGCACUGUUGGGAGACUGCACAGAUAUGCUCUGAAGAGGAUAAAUGAGGUAAUAGAGUUGUUAUCUGUUUGAGAGGCUCUCUACCUUGAAAAAACAUUAAGCAUUAUUUGCAGCAUCAGGUGCUACUUAACUGUGUUUCAAUACUUUUGUGGGGUUUUAGACACAAUUUUCUGCCUUUUUUUGAAUGAACAAGUAUUAUCAAUUGACCAAAUAUAUAACAGGAAAUGUCAUGAUAAGAAAAAUAAGCACAAUACGUUUACUGGUUAUAGUGUUAUAGGACAUUAAAAUUAUGUAGUCACUUUUGUAAGUCUUCAUGUAACCUUAAAUCCUAUUAAAAUAUAUGUAAUUGUUAUAGUUUA